AUGUCGCAUAACGUUGAAUUUGAAUCCCUAAUUAAGAAUUCAGAAACCCAAGAACCACCGCAACAAGGAAGAGCUCCUCCGUCCGAAACCCCAUCCUCUGCCGUUUCCAGCACCACCACAAUGGUCGAUACUGAAAAUGAAGAAUCCCAUUCGAACAAUUCUGAUCCGCCAAAGUAUCCCAAUGUUUCGUUCAGCAUUUGGCCACCGAGGGAGCGCACUCGGGACGCCGUGAGGAACCGUCUUAUCGAGACCCUUUCCACACCCUCCAUUCUGUCCAAGCGCUACGGCACCAUGUCGGCCGAGGAAGCCGUGGAGGCAGCCAAGAUCAUUGAGGAGGAGGCGUUCCAAGCAGCGGGGGCGACAACCACCACUGAGGGUGAUGGGAUCGAGAUUCUGCAGAUCUACUCUAGGGAAAUCAGCAAGAGAAUGCUGGACACUAUGAAGGCUAAAUCUGGUGAACCGAAGCCAGAAGCUGAAGACAAGGAUCAGCCCAAGGAGGAAGAUGCGGAGUCCACGGCUCCACAACAGAGUGAGAAAAUUGAGGCUUCUGUUGAUGAUGAAUAA